AUGUCCGAUUGGAUAAGGACGAGCGGGUUCAACGUCGUGUGGCCAGAGCGUGGAGAGGGGCGGGAGACGGUUGCGGAGCGGGCGGGCGCGGGCGGCGAGCACGUGACGGGCUGGUGGGCCAAGGGAGAGCUGGAGCCGGCAGCGGCGGAGCCUCCUCGGGUGCUGGUGCUGGACUGCGGCGGCAUCACGAACCCGGAUUGCGAGGCGGGCAACGAGAGCGUGGCCGCGGCGAUGGGCGCUGGCUAUUGGCACACCGCGAUGGAGGUGGCUGGCGUCGCAGAGGCCGAGCGCACACCCGAGCGAGCGGCGGCUUGCGAGGCCGCCCUUGCUCCGGCGCUGCGCCGCUGCUACGCCGAGACCGCCGCCGUGGCGCGGCGGCUCAAGGAGGAGCGCGGCAUGGUUGUGGGCGUCAUCUCCAACCACCUGGUGACGCCCGGCCUGUUUGGGUACUGCGCCGAGGGCGCGCGGCUGCGCCUCGCUGCGUCUCGCCCCCUCUGCAAGCCCGACCCCGCCAUCUUCGCCCUCUUCUUCGAGCGGCUGCGCAGGCUCGAGCCGGGGGUGGCGCCCGCCGAGCUGCUCUUUGUCGACGACAAGCCUGCGAACGUGGAGGCCGCGCGGAGCCUCGGCUGGAGGGGCCUCGUCUUCAGCUCGAAGACCGCCCCCGCAGGCGGCUUCGCGGCGGAGUGCGCCGCGCUCGGGCUCAGCUACUGA